GAGAGGGAGUGAAGCUGACAGCUGACAGUUGUCUGGAUUCGACUGUAGUCGCUGUGUCGCCUGUUGCGUUGGAAUAUUUAGUGAUUUACGAAGUUUUCCUGGUCGACAAAAUAUUACCCAUCAGUCGAUUUUAAAGCCAACAAUAUAUAAUCCGAAAAACUCGCAAACAAGUUAAAUUCCAGUCGCAACCCUUGCUUUUUAUUCGGACAUUCAUCAAGUCGUUAAUCAACACGAAAUUGACAAUUUUUGAAGAACGCGAAUAGUGUAAUGUACUGUAGAAUACUGUAUCGAUGAAACGGGUUGUGUGAAGUGAAGAAGUGAAAAUGAAUUUUGAAACUGAUCAGCUUCUGCCCCUGGACCUGUCCUGUAAGGGUCCUGAGGGUGGGAUAAAGGCUGAGUCCUGUUACCAGGACGACCGUAGGUUAUCAAACAGUUCAGAUUUUACUGACAGAUCUCCUAGCAGGUCACCCUGCUCUAGCUCAGGGGUCCGAGGGGAGCUGACCCAUAGAGAGGGAGGUCCAAGGAAAAGAUAUCUUUCCAAACACUUUACAACAAUUAAAGAUGAAUAUCCGAGCAGCAGUUCUCCAACUAUACGUGGAGUAGAUGGUAAAGUUGUUGCACAAUGGAUGUUUCAAGGGGAAGGAUUAGGACGUAUAUCUCCUCUUCAUGUUCAUGCUCCAAACCCUGCUCAACUGACAGGACAACGAACACAUGUAUUUACUACAGGACAUUCUCCAAACUCAUCAGGUUCCCAUCCUCCUAGUCCGGCGGAUUCAGGAGUUAGUGACGUGGAACCAUCGUCUUCCUCACCUCAGCCAGACGAUGAGACAAAAUCAAGAAUUAAAAGUGAAGAUAUUUCUAGUCAAAUUCAUCCUGGUCUACUGCACCAUCUGUAUCAACCCUAUUCUCCACCAUCAGUAGCGGAUCAUCUACAUUCUGUGUUUGGGUAUCGAGGUCUGCAUCCCUCCCUCCUCUCCUCCUUUCCCCCCUCCUCCCUCCUUUCCCACCUCCGAACCUCGAGCCCUCCAUCCUUCAUCCCUACCUCAUCAUCAUGCGAAGAGUCCAACCCUUUCCAACCAUUCGUUAACUUCCAGAACAGUUUGAAGAUGAAGAAAAAGAAGACCUCGAGGCUGGCCAGAGGAAGCCUGGAGUCCGGUCUUCAACCCAAACGAAGAUCAAGGGAGGGAACGACGACGUAUCUUUGGGAGUUUUUACUCAAACUUCUGCAGGAUAAGGAGUGUUGUCCGAAGUAUAUCAAGUGGAGUAACAGAGAACAAGGAAUAUUUAAAUUAGUGGAUAGUAAAGCAGUGAGCAGACUCUGGGGACUACACAAGAAUAAACCAGAUAUGAACUAUGAGACUAUGGGAAGAGCUCUGAGGUAUUACUAUCAGCGUGGAAUACUCGCAAAGGUUGACGGACAACGGCUAGUCUACCAAUUCGUCGACGUGCCAAAAAUCGGCGAAAUCAACGAGGUUGAAUGUAGCGGAUUAUAAUGAGCUGCGGCUAAUAAAAGAGGAAGUCAUCAGACUGAACUAGAAAUAUUCUCUAUCUAUCUAACUUACAGAUUACACAGUUCAUCAACUGAUUAAAUAAUAAGAAACUAUCUGCCAAUUGACAAUUUUAACGUAUGAAUUUGAAAAACACGUAUCAAAUUUUGAGGCCUCUUUUUCCAAAAAAAAGUUUUCGUAAGAGUUGUUUAGCCGCGUAUAUAAAGCAAAACAUGUUUCCUUGAUAAAGUAACCAAUUAGUUUUGUUGCCGAAAAAAAAA